AUGAGCGAGUCGGCCUUUUUUCCCUUUGACCUGAUUGAUCAUCUUCAACGCCUCUGUGCUGUUAAAGCUUUGAAAAAGUCUGAUCCCUUGAUGUACUCGGCUCUAGAACUGUUCAUCUCUGGAACGCUGAAAGACUACCGUGCCUUUGUCAAAGCUCAUCCUGAAUUUGUUGGCGACAAACUUAAGGUUGAGGAAUCUGUAUUACUGAAGAAGAUCCGACUUCUCACUUUGAUGAGCAUUGCAGAAAAUAACAAUGUGAUCCAACUUGAUACCCUUGCGGAAGAGUUGGACUUAUCGCCUGAUGAUCACUUGGAAGAGUUCAUUAUUGAUGCUAUCCAAGUGAAUGCAAUAUCUGGCAAACUUAAUGAAAUGACGCGAACGUUGGUGGUGAGCUCUUUCCAACAUCGACAAUUUGGACGUGAACAGUGGCAAACGUUACAGAAACGGCUGCAGACGUUGGUGAAUAACUUGAAGCAGUCCCAUGCGAAUAUUCACAGCAUCAACCAACAAAUCGACAACUUUGCCUAG